AUGUCUGCCAUAAUAGUGGAUACGUCGUGGUCGCCGUGUACGGAAGCAAAUCAGUAGAAGCAGGAAUUCAAAGGCUCAGUGUUCUAUGCAAUAGUGAAUGUAGCAAAGAAAAAAGAAUAUACAUAUAUAUGUAUGUAUACAUAUAUGUACACAUAUAUCUAAGGAAAAAGAAAAGAAUGUACAAAAUGCACCAAAAGUAGUGAAAAGCUUUGAGGAAAUCGUCUUGUUUUUCUACAAAAUUUUGCACAAUUUUACGCGAAACCUUCAGAGAAUGUCUAAAAAAUGUAUGUAAAAUCGGAAACGAAAUAUGUAUGUUUAAAACGAAAAUCGCCACAAAGUGCUCGAAUAUAGAGCGGAAAAUAGUGUGAGCAAAAUUGCAUAAGGGAUUUUCAGUCAAAGCCAAAAAGGAAAGUGUGUCGGUGCAUGUACAAUAAGAGAAAUGCUUAAAGGAAGCCAAAUUAGAUGUGAAAGUUAAAAAAUAGUGUGAAUAAAUCUAUAAUACAACAAGAAGCUUUAAUAAAGUGAAAUUACAACGCCGAAAACUUGUAUACGUAAAUGUAUUUGUUGUAAUUUGUAGUGAUGCGCUAUUGUGAUAAGAUUUUUCCCCAACCCUAAGCACAAAAAGAAUAAAAAAAAAAUCAAAACAAAAAAAGCACAGACGAAAGUAUUACCCACAACAAAAAGAAAAAAUAUAUAUACAUACAUAUAUAUUUAGUGUAGCAGUUACUUACUAGACUUUAACGGUAACUUUUUUACUAAUUGGUCACUCCGUGAAGAACGAAAACCGAUUUCCAAACUCCUGUACAGAAAAGUAGUUUUCGACUUGUGUUCAUUUUUGGAAUUCGCUAAACUUUCGAAUAUGUUUUUGAGAAAAUUGUGAUUUUGGAGCAACUCCAGUGAGUUAAAAGACCAAAAAACCCACAACAAAAAGCGUAAAAGCAACCAUAAAACCACAACCCAAUCCCCGAAAGCACAAUCUAAAUCUCUAAGAAAAAAAUCAUCCUGUCAAAUCUUUGCUGCACUGCCAACUAAUUGCGAAAAAUGAUUUUAAACUCCAGAGAAUUUCCACAAAUCCGUGUACGUUAAAAGCAAAGGGAAAGUGAAGUCCAUACGUAAAACAGCUUAAAUCCAAAUCCUCUAAGUUCAAAAUAGCAACUGCAAAGCGUACACAGAACAAUGGGUGUGACGGUGUUGCACAGUAAAAUACGUGAAAAUUCGUUUUUAUUGCCACAAACAAUAUCGAACAGUCAAAUGCGUUUAAUAGUCGUAGCAAUUCAAUAAUUUAUCCUGAGAAUUUAAAUAAAUGAACUGUGAUUAUGAGUUCCACAAAAUCGCAAGUAGCAGUCGCUACAAAUAUUCCAAGUCUAUCAUCAUCAUCACAAACUCAAAAAGAGUACAGCACUGAAGAGUCUCUGGGUCGACAAAAUAGUUUUGGCAAUAACCGCAGAGGUAACAUGAAGGGUAAGCAUUUGACGCGCAGCCACGCCAUGCGUGAGGCCACAUCGCCACCGCGCACUCCAACACCUCGUGCCGAGCACGGACAGGUGUCACCGAACGGUCAAUCCUCUAACAAUUACCAGCAGCAGCAUCAUCAUCAAGCGCAGCAGCAACAGCAUAUGGAUGGCAAUGAGAAUGCACACUGUAAUAAUAGCAAUGGCAGCAAUAAUAAUAACAACAACAACAACAGCAACAAAUUGCAUGCACAAUCAAAUGUGGCGCGUGGCAAUUCACCGAUCAUCGAAGCGCCUGCCGUCAUAGUGACCAGCCAGCAUAGUCAGCAGCAACAGCAACAGCAACAACAACAACCGAACGUUGCGCUCUGCAAUGAAGCUGAGUUCCCCAAACUGACACCGCCGAAGUCGACUAAAGGUGGUCUCGGCGGUGGAGGCGCUGGCCAAAGAAACAGCAAUAAUAACAACAGCAACAACAAUAGCAAUAAUAGCAACGGUGUAACCGAUGGCAACAACAAACUGGAAUAUAACAACAAUAAUGGAAGAAAAAUUGCAAACAGCAAUGGCGGCGGCGGUGGGUGUGGCGGUGGCGCGACCAACUAUGAUUCAACCAAGAGUGCAGCCACAAAUAAUAAUAACAAUAGCAACAACAAACAUCAGCAAUACAAUGCAAGCAACGCACUUCAUCAGGCGCUGAGCGUUGGCGAGAGCGCGGCGCGUGGCGGUGGCAGCGGUGGUGGCGGCGGAGCUGGCGCAACGCUACACAAUUCCGGCAUGAACUAUCAGCUGAACGCCAACGACAGCCCACAGCAGUCGCAUCACCAGAUCGCCUACGACAAGGAAAAUCGUUGCCCACGCAAUGACAGCCAGAAUAGCAGCAUGUCGAAUAUGCACGAUGACGAUGCGCAACAACAGCAACAGCAACAUUAUGAGCGACAGGGUGGCGGUGGCAGCGGUGGAGGAGGCGGCAAGAAACACCGCACCAAUUCCAAUUCGAAAGGCAAUAAGCCGCGUUUGAAGAAUAUUGGUGGCUCCUCGUCGGGCAGCGUAGACGGUGGCAACUCGAUUAGCAACAAUACAUCGGGAUUCAUAUCAAGAGUUUUCAACAACUCAGAGAACUCGAGCGAGCAAUUCACAGAUCAUGGCGGCACCGAUUUGUUCAGUUUCUUCAAAGAGACGCUCAAUAAGCAUCCAAAGGAUCGGCAUUUCCUCCUGAAAGUGGAAAAGGAUCUAACCGAAUUCGUGUUGGAAAAAAGUCGCGGUGAGUUGCGCUUCCCACCGGCUUCAUCAUACAAUCGCAUGUUGAUACAUCGCACAGCGGCCUUCUUCGGCAUGGAACACAAUGUCGACACCGAAACGCAACAGUGCGUUAUUGUGGCAGCUACGAAGAACACGCGCAUACCAGAGAUACGCUUCAAGUCGCUGGUGCGCGAUCAUCGCGACGACUCACGCAAGUCAAUACUGAAGCGCGAUACGCACAGUUUCGAUGAGGCGCGUCAGAGUAGCUACUUGUGUCCGGAUCGCGGCAGCAUGCUUGACCGCAAAGCCAAGAGCUUCGAAGAGCGCGAGGAGGAUUAUGAGCGCGCGCGCAGUCGUAUUUUCAAUCGCAGCCAAAAUGACAACGGCGACGGCAUGGACGAUGGCUACAUGAAUGUCAGCUGGACGCAGUCAGUGGAACAACAACAGCAGCAGCAGCAGCAACAACAUCGUCCACGCCCCAAUGGCAAAAUGAUGAAGAUGCAAAAUUCAAACGAAUCACGUGAUGGUCGUUCCGGUGGCGGCGCAGUUCCCAAAUCACACAAUUACAAUAAUUACGGUGGUGGCUCGACACAAGGUGGUGGCCCACCCAUGAUGCGCGGUGACUCGGCGAACUCGGCCAAAAAUGGCGGCGGUGGCGCCCGUUGUUUCUCGAAGCAGGAUUCGGCUGGCAGCACAAACACGCCAUGGCGUUUGUCACCAUCCAGCAGCGGUUAUAAAACUCAAACACAAUCGUUGUAUUCCGAUUCGGUAACACCUUCACCAAAUGGUUAUUGUAGUGAGGAUCAAGCCGCGACGGAGCCGUACAUAUUGACAACGGACAGAAUGACCGUGUGUCAUCUGCAAUCACCAGUUCACCAUAUGCCGCCACACCUGCAUCUGCAGCCGACGCUAUUGUGCAGUGCUGGCGUUAUGCCGGCGCAUUGCGCUGACGCUGCGUUGGCGCCAACGCCGACGCCAUCCCUGGAGGACGGCAUGCCGCUACCCAGGCGCGGUCUGGUGUGGGCCGUCACCGACAUUUCAAGUGUGCCCAAGGGCAGCGUGCUAAUCAAUCCGCAAACAUUGCAACCUUUUGUUAACCAAGACGGUUCAAUUUAUCACUUUGACCCGUCCAAUCUGCCACCCAACCAACAGGGCACAUACCAUCCAAAUCAGGGCAACAACACCGCCAAUUAUGCACAACAACAAUCGCCACAACAGUUGUCACAACAACAACAUCAACAAGUGCAGGAUAGCACCACAAAGAAGAAUAAAAGCACACAACAAAUGUCCACGCCUUCGCCAGCAGAAUCGCCAGCAGCUACGCCAACACCCCAAACGCAGACGCAUUGCAAGAGCGUCGCCUGCAAUGAAAACGCCGCCACCGUACCGCUGGCAGAGUCUGUGGCUGAAUCCUCCACACAAACGGUAUCCAUGUGCGGCGACGUCAACUGCGACGGCAUUGACUUGGAUAUGGCGAUCAACGCCACCGAAGAAGCAUCCACGCAAUCGGGUGCUGAUGAAUGCGACAACAACUCGGCCACGGGUUGUUUGAGCAUCACCACCACAACUUCCACCAAAAGUUAUGACCGAAUCGAGGUACAAAAGUUCAAAAAUCAAGCCACCAGUCCGAAUAUACCAGCGGAAAAGGAUGAGCUGCCGAAGCGUGAGAAUGCAACAACUUUGGAUGCGCCAAGUGUUCGUGAACAGCAGCCGACAACGGUAACACAGCCACCAGCACAACCACCACCACCCAGUCAAACGCCAACAAGUAGUGUCAAUGUGCAGGUGCAACGCGAGACGCCACAAUCGGCGCGCUCAACACCCUUCAGUACCAGCGAGUCGACGCAAGCAAAAAAUCGCGCUUCCGAAGAAUCCAAGCCCACAACGUGGACAUACACGCAAAGCUACCAGGCACCCGAUGGUUCUACAGUCUUUCACACCACCACCACACCGAGUGGUACGCCGUACUGCACCACGACAUAUCAGCAAGGGCCUGAUGGUAGCGUUUAUGCCAUUCCACAAGGCAUGGUCUAUGCCUAUCCACCGCCAGUUGUAAGCCACGCCCCACAGAAACAGUUGAAAUGUCAAUUCAAUUCGUUGUCUGUUUUACAGGAGGGCGAAGUGCAGAGCUAUUUUAUGCCUGUAUUUGAUCCGAAUCAACCGCGCACCGAUGCCACCGGUCUCAUACCAGCUGGAGCACAGGCCAUAUAUCCGGCUGCAGCGGCAGCAGGCAGUACAGCUACAAUGGUACCCGUCGCAGCCGCUUAUCCAACCGCACAAUUCGCCACGGCCAAUGGUACGCCCAUCUAUCCGAGUCAAUUGAUUUAUUCGAGUGAUCAAUUUGUAACGGGCGCAGCUACAGUCGCUGCAGCAGCACCAGCGAAUGGUCAACUGCAACAGAUACCGAUGACCACCUAUCCAAUCGGACAUCCAUAUGCCUAUAAUAGCUACUGGGGUCAACCGAUGACAUACUACGUGCCACAGCAAGCGCUCACGAACGCUGUCGCAGCAACGCCACUCCUACCAGCACCACCACAGUCACAACCACCUACAACUGCAACCGCCCAACCCGUGGCAGGACCACACAUUACUAGCGGUAUCAACAUCGCGAAUGGCCUUGUAGCAGCCACGGCGGCGGCUGGACCGUCGUCGAACGCCACCGUUGGAGCUUUAGGCAGUGGCGGUAGCAAUGUUGGUGUUAGUGGCCAUCACGUUGUUAACACCACGGCGGCUACGAACAGCUAUCAAACACACAGCGGUACAACGUAUUUCGGUACGGGGCGUGUAAAGCGGCCGACAUCUUCACAUUACACCAAUCAUCAGAGCAGCGGUCAUCAGCUGGUAACGGCCGCCAUUCCAAGCAACGGCAGUGCAACUACCACAUAUCAAUUGGGACACGCAAUGCCCACACUCACGCUGGCGCCGGCACCAGGUAGUGCAGCAGCCGCAGCGGCAGCAGCAGCAGCAGCAGCAGUGAAUACAACAACCGAUCUCAACGUUGGCAAUGGAGCGGCUCCAGCCACAGCCAUGUAUACGCUGCCCCAACAUGCGGCCCUAUUGCAUGCGAAUAUCUUUCCCUAUGCGCCUGCCACUGCUGCUGCCGCCGCCGCUGCCGCUGCAGGUGUUGCGGCCGGCACACCAUCAGUACACGCACCUGGCGUUCCGCCAACGGCUGCGCCACAAAUAGCUGCAGCUAGCAUGGCUGGCGCAGCAGCUCAUGCACAACAAACAAAUGCUGUGAUCACCCCAUUCUAUGCUCAUCACCCGCCCAUUACAGCUGCCGCACAUCCCACGCACGGCAGCUCCACCGUACACACGCCUGGACCAGCUGCCAUACCGAUUGUCGACCCCAGCACACUGACGGCCAUCUCGCAUCCAACAGCAACCGGUGCAAACAGUUCAAACAACGUGACGCCCGCCUACAGUGGCGGCGGUAGCGCUUCACAGUCCGCGCCUAGCACUCCACAUUCUGUACCUACUCAAACUGCACAGCGCAAUCCGCCACUCUUCUCCACACCGCCCAUUAUGAACUCAAAUGGCGGUAACAACAACGGUGGCUACAGUGGCAGUUCCACACCGCAGUACUACACGGUCAGCGGUGGAGCAGAUGGUGGUACAACGCUUAUGAGCAGUCCACAUGGCCACUCAUAUGUGCAACACGAAAAGCGCAACAACAAUUCAAAUAUGAGUGGCAGCAAAAAACCGCCAGCGUAUCCAAGCAAUUCAUUGAGUCGCCAGAACUCAACGUCCUACAAUGGCACCGCCAAUGGCAAACCGCCUCUACUGGGCGGCAAUAACGAUACGCGUGCCUCACCAAAUAGCGGCUACCAAGGCUCACGUCCGCAUGGCAUGAAUAAGCGGGGUGGCGGCGGUGAUAAGCCACAAACGCCAUUGCUCAGCGGUCCACCCAGUUACGGCAGCGGACCAAGCAUGUCUGCCGUAAACAGCAACAACAACAGCGGCUACCACGUACACCACAGUAACUCGCCAUCUGAUGCCAAGCCACCAAUACGCUUGAAUGCAGGCGCAGCCACGUUCCGUCAGAAAGGUAGCGGUGGUGGUAUGUCCUAUGAAUACAGGCGCAGCGCUUCACAACGUAACUCGCCAGGCACUGGCAACUCCAGCAGCAACGACAAUAGCAACAAUACAUCGCCGAAUAGUAUAGUCGGUUCGAGUGGCGGUGGUGGGGCCAACACACCCAAUUGCUAUGCCGCCACAGCAGCGAGCGGCUACAUAAACACUGGCAUCGGCAUAGCCAACAGCGGUAUGGUCGGUGGUGGUGAUCAUCAGACAGUUGCAACCGCAACCGGCACACCAUUGUACAUUACACCAGCGCGUGGCGCACACAUUCCACCACAACUGCAACACGGCGGUAUGGUGGCGGCCGCCGCUGCUGCUGGCGGCACGGCAGCCGGUCUCGCGGGCACUCAACAAGCCACGACAGCCGCGGUGUUAGGUGGUGCUGCAGCGGCGGAGGUGGCGAAUGCGGCUGCUGCCGCCGUGGCGGCGACUGUCGCGCAUCACCAGCCGCUAUUGAGCGCUUAUCAACCGGGUGCAUCGGGUGUCUACAUCAAAUACGGUCAAACCUAUUAUGCGCAUCCCUCAGUUGCCCUACCGAACAGUCGCCGAUCGCCCUCGACCGAGUUGCGGCCUGCAAUGGCGCCCGUAGCUGGCAUGUAUCCAACCAUGAUGAUACCAGCUGCUCCACGGCACACGCAAGGACGUCAUCCCAAUCCCAACUACAAAGGCAACCGGCCACGCUAGACACUGCGCUGAAUGCAAGACACUAUCCACAACAACAGCAAAACCACAAAUUCAGUGCAAGCAUGAGGACCAACGCUGCAAGCUGCUGAACUGGAGGGAUAUAUGAAAACGAUGACGCUAUACCAAAACCUAAAACUAAGUUUAAGCUAAAAAAAGUACCCUAACC